ACAACCAAACAGGAGGUCAGAGGAGAGAGGCUGUGAACAGGGAGAGGAGUGAUCAGGACGCAGGUCCACUGAACAUGAUGUGGUGAUUCUGCAGAGGACAGAAGAUAUUUAUGCUUUAUUCAGUGAUCAAACCGGCUGCUAAUGUUAGAAUAAUAAUAAUAAUAUGUCUCCAGGUCUACUGAGGUCUGUUCUUUGAAUAAUGUUGCUGCUGCUGUUUACCUGAACUCAGCUCAGGUGUGUGGUGCGCCCCCUGCUGGAGGCCUCAUGUAACUACAGCCCAGAAAGCACAACACAGAGUUAACCCUGAACUAUGGAGAACCACUACUAACGUCCCUCAUGAUGAAGGUCCUGCAGAGACUCCUCUCAGACUGGUUCUGCUUUGAUCACUGAUAAGACCCGAUCAGGAAGCAGCCUGUCUGCACGCUCCACCAGAGUUUAAAACAUAAACAUGCCCGUUUGAUGUGUUUGGAUUCAAAGAGUAAAUGCAGACUCAGACCUCAGGUGAACACCUCCCGAGCUGGGACGCCAUCGUGUACCUGGACACGGCUCUGUGAGGAUCAUGGUCUUUAACCGCUGCAGGAGGAGCUGAGGUCUCACCUGAACCUCUUCAGACCUCUGUCAGCUGCUGAACUCAGCAGCGGCGGCGGCGGCGGGCUCGUGCCAUCCACAGCGGGAACAGCGCAGCGACCUCCAUCCUCUUCAUCCUCUUCAUCCUCUCCAUCAUCAUGUCCGGCACCAAGGAGGAGGACCGCAAAGGCUCGAGCCAGUGGCGCGAGUUCUUCUGGAACCCGCGGACCCACGAGCUGAUGGGCCGAACCGCCUCGAGCUGGGGUCUGAUCCUGCUCUUCUACCUGGUCUUCUACCUGUUCCUGGCGGGAAUGUUUGUUCUCACCAUGUACAUCAUGCUGCUGACACUGGACGACUACAAGCCCACCUGGCAGGACCGGCUGGCCACUCCAGGGAUGAUGAUUCGUCCGAAGGGCGAUCAGCUGGAGAUCACCUUCUCUGUGUCAGAUACAGAGAGCUGGGACGGCUUCAUCCACAACCUGAACACGUUCCUGUCUCCGUAUAAUGACAGCUAUCAGGUUCAGACCAAUGAUAACUGCCCUCCAGAUCAAUACUUCAUUCAAGAGGACAGUGGAGAGGUCAGGAACAACCCCAAGCGUUCCUGUCAGUUCAAUCGGACCAUGUUGGAGGAGUGUUCUGGGAUUUCGGAUCGUUUCUAUGGUUACAACAGAGGUCAGCCCUGCAUCCUCAUCAAAAUGAACCGGGUCAUUGGUAUGUUGCCGGGGAAGGACGGUCAGUCUCCUUAUGUCACCUGUGGAGCCAAGAGGGAGGACACCGAUAAGGUCGGACCUCUGGCGUAUUAUCCUCCCAACGGGACCUUCAACCUCAUGUACUACCCGUACUACGGCAAGAAAGCUCAGGUGAACUACACUCAGCCGCUGGUGGCCGUGAAGUUCCUGAACGCCUCCCUGAACACCGACAUCAACAUCGAGUGUAAAAUCAACUCCAACACGCUCACCGAGGGCAGCGAGAGAGACAAGUUCGCCGGACGGGUUUCCUUCAAGCUACGGAUCAACGACAAAUAGACGCCCUGCAACACACACAACACACACACACACACACACGUUACAGCUGCACCGAUCCAGAUGUUUAAAUGUCCUCGUCCAUUAGAGCCUCAAACGCACCACUUGUGUUGCUACGUAGAACCGUUUGUAUUCUAGCUCCAUGAUGCGUUCAAUGACCGUCUGAAUUAUCCGUCACCUUUAGUUACAGCCUGCCCACAGUAGUCCCGUUUUGUUUUGUAUGCUCUCCGAUGUGAUCCUCCGUACAACGGCCUGACUCCAGCUUUAACACACUGGCCCUGAGACCGACCAAUCAGCUCGCACACACGCUCUGAUGUCACAGAGGACGCAGUGAAGAACAACAGGAGGACCUUCACCUCAGUCAUCACGUCAGUCUGCCCGGAUCAAAGAUCAGAUUACUGAUCGCACAGCUGACGUGUUUAUUUAUUCAUGUAUUUAUUUCUUAUUUAUUUAUUGGGUUUACUGAUGAUGACUUUGUUUUUAUAUCAUUAUGAAUUAUUUAUGUGAGGUUACCUUCUGAUUGGUUUCUGUAACUGCAACAUCAGGCACGAUUGGCUGUUCAGAAACUGUUGCAGGUUCCCACACAUCCUGGGGAACCUGGUUUUAUCACUCAGUGCAGAAACUAAAUUACAGAAACAAGUUCUCCCUCCCCAGGAGUUUGUAACCUGGGCGUCAUGCUGGAAACAUUCCCAGACUCCGGCCCUCACUCUCUGACUCUGUGGCUGAGACUCUUUAAUUACUGCAGCGUUGUCCUGUUCGGUCUGCCCUGUGAGGCGCUCGACAUGGCUCCAGGAUGCCCAGAACUCAGCUGCUGGAGUUUUAACAUGUAUAAAGUCCUGACAGCACAUCACCCCCACCCUAAUGCAGCUUCACUGGCUGCCAGUCAGGUCCCACACCGCUUACAAAAUCCUGCUCCUCUUACAUCACAUUUACUCAUUUGGCAGACUGUAAGUCCCGCCACGGACCUGCACAACUUUAAUUUUCACAUCCUAUCACGGUGUCUGCAGUCCUCUUAAAAGUUUAAAAAGUAUCUUCAAGCACACCUCUUCAUUGAUGCAUGUAGGCCCUAAACACAGCUCCAGACAUAACAUAACAGGAACCAGUUCAGAAACCAGAUCCAGCAUCAGAUCCUACAACUGUUCAGAAACCAGAACAGAAAUCAUAUCAUAAAUAGUUCCGAAACCAGUUGAGCUGCUACAACUGAAACAGCUCACUUUACUGAAGAUGUGAGGAAUCAGAACAGCAAUAUCAGAAACCAGAAAACAAACCAGGUGAGACAUCAGAUCUUAAACCCGUUCAGAAAGUAGUUAGAAAUGUAAACCCAAUUGGAAACUAGUCCAGAACUGACAAAAAAGCUUAGUUUACUAAAGAUGCGAGGAAUCAGAACAUAAAUAUCAGAAACCAGUUCAGACAUCAGAUUAUAAACCAGUUCACAAAACCAGUUCAGAUCUUAGAUCAGAUUCAGACAUCAGAUCUUAGAUCAGAUUCAGACAUCAGAUCUUAAACCAGUUCACAAAAUCAGAUCAGAUUCAGACAUCCGAUCUUAGAUCAGAUUCAGACAUCCGAUCUUAGAUCAGAUUCAGACAUCCGAUCUUAAACCAGUUCACAAAACCAGUUCAGACAUCAGAUCUUAAACCCGUUCAGAAAGUAGUUACAGAAAUGUAAAACCAAUUGGAAACUAGUCCAGAACUGACAAAAAAGCUUAGUUUACUAAAGAUGAGAGGAAUCAGAACAUAAAUAUCAGAAACCAGUUCAGACAUCAGAUCUUAAACCAGUUCAGACAUCAGAUCAGAUCUUAAACCAGUUCAGACAUCAGAUUCAGAAAUCAGAUCUUAAACCAGUUCAGACAUCAGAUUCAGAAAUCAGAUCUUAAACCAGUUCAGACAUCAGAUUCAGAAAUCAGAUCUUAAACCAGUUCAGACAUCAGAUCAGAUCUUAAACCAGUUCAGACAUCAGAUCAGAUCUUAAACCAGUUCAGACAUUAGAUCAGAUCUUAAACCAGUUCAGACAUCAGAUCAGAUCUUAAACCAGAUCAGACAUCAGAUUCAGAAAUCAGAUCUUAAACCAGUUCAGACAUCAGAUUCAGAAAUCAGAUCUUAAACCAGUUCAGACAUCAGAUCAGAUCUUAAACCAGUUCAGACAUCAGAUCAGAUCUUAAACCAGUUCAGACAUCAGAUUCAGAAAUCAGAUCUUAAACCAGUUCAGACAUCAGAUUCAGAAAUCAGAUCUUAAACCAGUUCAGACAUCAGAUCUUAAACCAGUUCAGACAUCAGAUUCAGAAAUCAGAUCUUAAACCAGUUCACAAACCAGUUCAAACAUCAGAUCCUAGAUCAGAUUUAGACAUCAGAUCUUAAACCACUUCAGAUCUUAAACCAGUUCAGACAUCAGAUCUUAAACCAGUUCACAAAACCAGUUCAGAUAUCAGAUCAGAUUCAGACAUCAGAUCUUAGAUCAGAUUCAGACUUCAGAUCUGAGAUCAGAUUCAGACUUCAGAUCUGAGAUCUGAUCAGAUUCAGACUUCAGAUUUUAGAUCAGAUUCAGACUUCAGAUCUUAGAUCAGAUUUAGACAUCAGAUCUUAAACCAGUUCAGAUAUCAGAUCAGAUUCAGACAUCAGAUCUUAAACCAGUUCAGAAACAUCAUAAAUAGUUCUGAAACCAGUUUGAAAACAGCAAUCAGUUGAGACAUGAGACCAGAAACCAGUUCAGGAACCGGUCUGUCAGCCAUGUUAAACCUCGCUCUCCUUGUUUGUUGCCGUGGAAGCAGCUGAAUCCACAGCCAAUCAGAUGCUAGCUUUAGUGACCACAGCGACAGCGUUUGGUUUCGUAUCUUUUGUGUUUGUUGCCGCAGCAGAACGGCUCGUUAGUUAGAUCAUUAGUUUAGGUAACGAGUUAGCAAGUCGUUAAGUUUUUUGUUCACUGUUGAUUUGUUUACGUGUUUGUUUUGUUUACUAUCGUCAUCAUGGGGGUGAGCAUGACAAACGUUACCAUGACAACCAGGCCAUGUGACACACACACACUCUCUCCUCACCUGUCAAUCACUCUGUCGUGCCACGUGCAAACGCCCCUCCCCUCCUGUACUGCUCUCCACCAAUCGUCUUCCUUUAAAGAAAGACCAGCCAAUCAGGUGGUCCUGCUGUAUGAUGUCAUAUGAUGCUUGUUUGUGAUUGGUGGAUUUCCCCUGCCUGAAAAUGUCCUUGUGUUUCACAGACAUUUAAAAAUACAGAGAAAUUAAACAGAAAAACUACA